AUGGCUUCAUCGAACGAUCUGGCUCCUUUCCAAGGGCCCUACUUCAAGCAACUCCUGAGGUCGCAACGACUGAGAGCACCCCGGAUGACAACAGACGUGGGUGGUCAAACCGGUAUCAUCAUUGGUGGAAAUGGGGGUGUGGCACUGGAUUCAGUUCACAUUCUUCUCCGAUACGGGAUUUCUCGGCUUAUCCUUACAGUACGGAACCCGCAGAAGUUCGAGCCUACGAUUGCGUCUCUUCGGAAGUCCUAUCCCUCCUCCGCUAUAGAUGUCUGGGCCCUAGAUCUACAGUCUUACUCGUCCAUUGAAGCCUUUGUGGACCGGUGUAAGACCCUCGAUCGGAUCGACUUCGUAAACAUCAGCGCAGGCAUUAUCCUACCCAACUUCACCAUUAACGAAGCCACUAGGCACGAGGUUGUCUUCCAGGUCAACUACCUAUCAACUGUGUACUUGGCUUUGCUACUCCUUCCUGUCCUCAGGGAAAGACAUUCUCCAAAGAAACCAUCCAUCUUGACGAUGGUGAGCUCCGGUUUAGCCUAUGUGGCCGCAUUCCCGGAGCAAAAGGCCCCAAGCUUGUUCGCAGCAUUCGAUGACCCCAAGAACUGGAGCACGUCCUUCGGUGGCGAUAGAUACUCGACCGCGAAGUUGAUGUUGCUGAUGUUCCUGGUAAAGGUCAAGGACUAUGCAAACCCUGAUGAGGUUGUGGUCAAUGUGACUGACCCGGGCUUCAUGCGAGCUGUUGGGCUGGAUCAACACAUGCCUUUGAUAGCACGAUUCUUUGUCUGGCUUCUGCGUGUCGCAAUUGGCCGUAGCGCUGAGGAUGGCGCCAUGACUUUCGUCGACGCCACGGUGGUGAAAGGCAAGGAAAGCCAUGGUAGUUUUCUGUAUAACUGGAAGAUUGCCCCGUUUCCUGCGUCGAUGUACCAAUCUGAAGGAAGAUCAUUGAUUGAUAAGGUCUGGGACGAGACUCUCCACGAGCUUGAAUUCGCCCGGCCUCAAGAUAUUCUUAAUGCAGUGAAAGGGAAAACAACUGAGUAA